UUGCAACACAGUUGCAUCAGACUAGCCAUCCUCGGCCCGCAUGUGCUCCCUGUCUUAACAUUUGAAGAUCUAUAAUAUGCUUUAGAUGGUAAAUGUACCUUGAGGCUGGGGGACGUCACCUAUUGCAGUGCUUUCUUUGAGAAUAUGUUCAUGAUGGUGUCCAGGCAUAAUGGGACAGUGAAUUAGUAUGGCCUCAUUUUCUUUUUUUCUACUUUCUUUGAAUAUGUUGUCAUACAUCCAGAAAUGCAUGUGUGGAAAUUGCCUGCCUGCUACACAACAUUACAGAACGGUUACUGAUUAACAGAACAUUCCUCUUUUUUUAGUCAUCAGCUCUGUUUGCAAAUGACUGAAUUGCAGCUCAUUCACUUUGGAUUUAUCUCUGCUUUUACAACAGCACUAAUAGUCUCCACUGAUCAGAGGCGCAUGCUUCAAAAUUAUGUAACUAUGUCACUGAGUUUUGAUGCAGUUAUGCUAGGGAGAAUGAAUGCAGUCUGAAGUUCUCUGGAAUGUCGAUGGACAUUGCUUUUGGUUGUACAGUGAAUAAAUUGCAUGAUACAUAAAGUUUCUAAUUAUGCUGUUGAAAUCGUUGGAGCGUGAAGGGUUUUUCAGGUUGGAUAGUUUCGAAAAUGUUCAGAAGAGGUCCCUGGAUGCUCCGCGGCUCACGGUCCUCGGCCGCCCACUCCUUCCCAAUGGCCGGGAGUUGACCACGCCCAACAGGAUGACGCUGCGUGAGCAGCUGAGAGAGAAGAUCUCGGCGGCUUUUUACCGCCAUGGGCUGCUGUGUGCAUCUUACCCAGUACCUAUCAUCCUCUUCACCUCCGCCAGCAUUCUCACCUGCUGCUAUCCGUUACUGAGGCUUCCCCUGCCUGGGACAGGUCCUGUGGAGUUCACCACAGGGGUGCGAGACUACAGCGUCCCUUUCCAUGAGCCUCAGGCAGAUGUGGGAGAACGGCCUGACUGGUACUGGGGCCCUCCGGUUGCCUACAUCCAGCAGGUGUUGGUGAAAGCAGCUGUGUCUCCAUGGGAUAGCAGCCUGGUGCCGGUGGACGUGUUCCGGUCGCCUCUGGGUCGGGUUUUCAGCCUUCUGGAGGAGAUUCGCGACCAUGUUCACUCUGACAGCUCCGGCGUUCGUAGCCUUGAGACACUGUGUCUCCAGGUGACAGACCUGUUUCCAGGGUUACGGCGGAUGCAGUCGGUGCUGCCAGCGCAUGGCUGCCUGCUCGUCUCUCCUGGCAACUACUGGCAAAACCAGCGGGAAAUGUUUGACUCAGAUCCCGACCUCCUCAAGACCAUCCAGAAACAUGAGCCAAAAGGACUGCACACCUCAGCAACACUGCGAGAUCUGCUGUUUGGUGUCCCUGGAAAGUACACAGGUGUCAGUCACUACAACAAGAAGAGGGUGGUGACGUACACCAUCACUGUGGUGCUGUCCAGCUAUGAUGCAAGGUUCCUUAGCAGCUUGCGAGCCCGUCUGAAGAAGCUUCACCCAUCAGCCAACUGCAGCCUGAGAGACGACCACAUGGUUCACGUCCACUUCAAGGAGGAAAUCGGCAUCGCUGAGCUCAUCCCCUUAGUCACCACAUACAUCAUUCUGUUUGCCUACAUAUACUUCUCCACACGUAAGAUUGACAUGGUGAAGUCUAAGUGGGGCCUGGCUCUGGCUGCUGUGGUCACAGUCCUCAGCUCCCUGCUCAUGUCUGUGGGACUGUGUACACUGUUUGGACUGACACCCACACUCAACGGAGGUGAGAUCUUUCCUUACCUUGUGGUGGUGAUCGGCUUGGAGAACGUCUUGGUUCUCACCAAGUCUGUGGUUUCCACCCCCGUCGACCUCGAAGUAAAACUGCGCAUUGCUCAGGGCCUUAGUAAUGAGAGCUGGUCUAUCAUGAAGAACAUGGCCACUGAACUGUGCAUCAUCCUCAUUGGAUAUUUCACUCUGGUUCCUGCCAUUCAGGAGUUCUGUCUUUUUGCUGUUGUGGGACUCGUCUCUGACUUCUUCCUGCAGAUGUUCUUCUUUACGACUGUUUUAUCUAUAGAUAUCCGCCGCAUGGAGCUGGCCGACCUGAACCGCCGUCUGCCAGCCGAAGCUGGUCUCCCCCCACCAAAGCCAGGCCCUCUGCGGACACGUGAGGUACCCCCUCCACCACGACCCUCCCCCCACACCAUCACCCUGCAGACCCCAGCUUUCAGGAACCUUCGGCUCCCCAAGAGGUUGCGUGUGGUUUACUUCCUGGCCCGCACACGCCUGGCUCAGCGUAUCAUCAUGGCUGGAACGGUGAUCUGGAUCGGCAUCCUUGUCUACACUGACCCAGCUGGGAUCCGCACCUACCUGGCUGCACAGGUGUCGGAGCAAAGCCCUCUGGGAGAUCCAGGAGGAGGCGGUCUGUCCCCUCCUCUGGCAGUUGCCCCUGUUUUUCGUGGAGCCGAUCCCACCAGCACUUUGAGCAUCCACCCUGCACCGGAUCCGACUCCUUUACCUGAGAACCAAUCACAGGGCCACCACGGCUCAGCCAGGGCAGGGCCUCUCCCCCAGGCCCCACCUGCAGGUCCUCAGAUCACCUGGGGGGCAGAGGAUGAAGAGGGAUGGAGGAGGCUGUCCUUCAGACACUGGCCUUCGCUUUUCAGCUACUACAAUAUCACUUUAGCAAAGAGGUACAUCAGCAUCUUACCUGUCAUUCCAGUCACAGUUCAUGUGAGCCCUCAGGAGGCCAUUGAGACACGUCACCCUCAGGACACGAGGCACCCUCCUCCACCUAUACCGAAGGUUUCUGCGGAUUUACAAACGGACCUCACCCUCUACAAGGUGGCAGCUCUGGGCCUGGCCGCUGGUGUUCUGCUGGUUCUCCUGCUUUUCUGUCUCUACCGGGUUCUGUGCCCUCGUAACUAUGGCCAGAAUGGCGUCGCUCACGGGCGGCGGCGGCGAGGUGACCUGCCCUGCGAUGAUUACGGUUAUUCACCACCCAUCAGUGAAAUUUCACCACUGCUGCUGAGGGGCCACAGUAUGGACAUCGAGUGUUUGGCCAGUGACGGGAUGCUGCUGGCUAGCUGUUGUCUGGCUGGACAAAUACGCGUUUGGGACGCCCAAACUGGGGACUGCCUCACCGUCAUUCCAAAGGAGGGGUUGAGACGGAGCAGCAGCAGUGGCUGCUGGGAUCAGAGAGAUGGCUUGGACAGCAUAAGUGGAGCUGCAGAUUCAGAUUGUUUAGGCCGUGAAGGUCGAGACUCGUACAUCAGCGGCGACAGCCUGUCAGAGGACGAAUGUCAUCUCUUGCGACGUCGCACCACACCUGCCCGGCCCGCUCUUUUCAUCGACCAGCCAGAUUUGACCCCACUCAUUGACACGAACUUCACCUCCCAGCCGCCCUCCCACCUCUCCACUCCACCCAAAGAGGGUUUUGACUUUGGAGGUUUGGUGGAGCGAGCUUAUAUGGAGCAUGAGCCCCCAUCACCACCUACCUACCCCUCUCCUCCGUCAGCCUCCUCCUCGCCACCUUCAGGUGCUCAGCUGCAGAGAAAACCGAGUUUAGGAGAUUCAGCUGGCCCGUCGAAUCAAGAGAGAGGCCCUGGAACUGGAACUUCAGCUGCAGCCGACUGGGAAAGCUCUGUCUGGGCCAUGGAGCUGAGAGGAAAUCUGAUAGCUGCUGGGAGGAGUAGCGGCAAACUGGAGUUGUGGGAUGCAGUAGAAGGGUCACUGCGGUGCAGUAAUGAAGAUGGAGUUUCUGGGAUCACAGCUCUGGCUUUCCUCAACAACAGAAUCGUGGCAGCUCGGCUCAAUGGGUCUUUAGAUUUCUUCACUGUUGAGAUCAAAAAACCUUUGGGUCUGCUGCAGUACAGAGGCACCCCAGGGCGAGGCAGCAUGCCUCCGUCUCCCUGCUACAGCAGUGAGGAUGUGAUCAGCUGUCAGCUCACGCGCUCUGUGCAGUGCGCUCACCAGAAACCGAUCACAGUGCUGCGGGCAGCUGCUGGCAGGGUUGUUACCGGCAGCCAGGACCACACAGUCCGGAUUUAUCGUCUGGAGGACUCGUGCUGCCUCUUUACCCUGCAGGGUCACUCUGGAGGGAUUACAGCCAUUUACAUUGACCAGACGAUGGUUCUGGCAAGCGGUGGGCAGGACGGCGCCAUCUGCCUGUGGGACGUCCUGACAGGAAGCCGUGUCAGCCAUGUCUACGGUCACCGUGGCGACGUCACCUCGCUGGUCUGCACUACCUCUUGUGUCAUCAGCUCAGGACUGGAUGACCUCAUCUGUAUCUGGGACCGCAGCACUGGGAUCAAACUCUACUCAAUACAACAGGAGGUGGGUUGUGGGGCCAGUCUGGGGGUGAUCUCAGAGUCUCUGCUGGUAACAGGAGGCCAGGGCUGCGUCUCCUUCUGGGACCUGAACUUCGGCGACCUGCUGCAGACGGUUUAUUUGGGCCAGAGCAGCGACGGUCAGGGGGUCCGGCAGCUGCUGGUGCUCGACAACGCGGCCAUAGUCUGCGACUUCGGCAGCGAGCUCAGCCUGGUCUACGUACCUUCAGUGCUGGAGAAACUGGACUGAGGAGGGUCAGCAGCUGUAGUCGGUGGGAACACUCAUAACAUUCACUUUGAGACGUAUUUUUGUAAAGCAGUGAAUGUCCUAAACCUGGAUGUAGAGAGACGGAAGAGCUGACACUGAGCUGUUGUGUUAACGUUAAACGUGGGGUGAGUUAAAGAAAAGCUGGAUGUCUCUCAUUUAAAGAGAGUCCACCUCUGUGCUUUUAAGGCGCAUCUAUGUUUAUUUUGUGGCGCUGCCCUCGAUGCUGCUGACAUGGGUGGGGUUUCACUAUGACCCCACCUACCCAGUGAGGAAGACAAAAUGGUCCCCUCUUUUUUGUCUUUUUCUUUUUUCUAAUAUUCCUGCUGUGCCGUUCACUCAACAGUGAACCUGACAGCUCUGCUGCCUGCUGGGGUGAACUGAGCAGUUGUGUGAGUGCAUAUGAAGUGUGUGUGAGGGAGAACUGAUGAUUACUGUAUAAAGUUAAACCUCCAGAGGGGGAUGUUUUUAUAUGUAUAAAUCUAUUAUUUAUUAGCGAUACUUUUUUGAGUAACAGUUUGUUUAUAAAUUGCUAAUCAAAGCUCUUAAACAUAAAUAUCAUGGAGUGGAAACGAUGACUUCAAUGUAUGAAGAUAUUUGGCAGUGCUGGGCCGUUUGUUCAUUUUAAUAUUGAACUUGAAAUACUGAAGUGUUUGUUGCUAUGGAGGCAAAUGAGGCUGCAGGGGAAAUGUUUCUCUGGUUUCUUUUCGUCAGCUUCCUGGUUCUCAUAAUAGUCCCCCCCCCUUAUUUUAAUCAUUAUAUAAUAUAAACGGUUCAUCUUCCACUGUUUUUAAUCCACAAUUCAAAACAUGAAAGUGAAGCAGUUUGUCGAUGCAGUUCAUCUAAAACCUGUCCAACUCAUUCUGAAACUAUUUAUAUAUGUAAGGAAAAGCUUCAAUUUAACAGAUUUAGAACUAAUACUAUAGGAGAAAAGCAGAGAAUCUUGUUAUAGUUUUUCACAAGUAACAAAGUUAGCUGUAAAUUCGUUUUACAAGUGAGAGCUUUAAUGAAAAACUUAAUAUUUCACUUGACCCAGAUGCCUUCAAAAGUCAUCAUACUGAUUUAUUUGGUGUUUCCUUAUCAGGGAAAAACUCCAGAAGAGUAUUGUAUACUGUUCCUUGGCUCCCACAAUCGUCUUUUUAACAUUUUGUCAGCUAUGUGUAAAAAAAACCUUAACCACCCGCCACUUUCUUAAAACCACCAAUCCUUUACUGUGUAGGUCCCUUCUGUCACUAUUUCUGCACUGUUAUCCACAGUUUGUAUCUCAAGAUGCUAAAUUCAUAAUAUUGUAACAACUCCAUUUUGUCUGCAAUGCAAACAGAAACAUAAUGUUUUUCUAUAUUCCAGUAAGCAGCUUUUUUCUACAUUUAAAUCUGUAAUCAAAAUUAUUUUAAUAUUUUUCUACUGAUAUUUUGGAUGAUAGACUGGUGACUGACUGGGUCAAUUUUUUCUCAAGUCCGUCUCAACAGUUUUUAGAGGUGCGUGAAGCAAUGGUGGUUUUACUGUUGAGGUCAAUCAAUUAAUAACUCAGAAUAAUGGUAGUAAGCAAUUUAAUAAACAUUCAGAGGGUGUUUAUAUGAGUGGAAAAAGACUGUUUAGACUUUCUUUCCAAGUUAUAAAUCAAGUGGCUAGAUUAAUGGGUCAUUUAAAGCUCUGCUCCGUGUCUGAACUUCACCUCUGUACUCUGGAUAACUGUUGACAGAAUGUAAUCAUCCAUAUUUAAGACUUUUCCCCAAACUGACAUAAAUGUUCUGUUUUUCUAAAUCACCCACCAUCUACUGUAUCUCCAUCUACUGAAUGUAGUCUCAGAGGAUGUCUUGAAAAAAUAUGUGAAAACCCAGCUAUUAAAUUCUUCACAGUACAGCUUAACAACAUUGAUUCAGUGCACUGCCAGCCCCGUCUGACGCACAUGCUCACACACACACACACACACACACACACACACACACACACAAGGCACUUUUACAAGCAUCAGCUUCCACACCUUAGACGUAGAUGUAAGCGGUCGACAACAGUACUGGUUCCUUUGGGAUGAAGAGAACGUGUUCACAUUCAGUGAACAUGCAGCAGAAAAUUGGAGCUUAAAACAAAUUGAGAUGAAUGAUUUAUGGGGUUUUUUCUCCUUCCUUUAAACAAGCAGCCGCUCAUUGCAUCUGCAUCCCUCUGAAACCAGUGAUGUGGCCUCCUCGGCAUUGUAGCAGUGUUCAUUUAUUAGCUGUGUGUUUUCUGUUGUGUAGCUAAACACUUUAGCAAUUGAAAAUGUAUAGUUUAAGAGUUUGUUUUCCAUUAAUGUGAAUUUGAGUUCAAGUUUGACAUCUUGGUAAAUACAUGUUAGCUUGGUUGCAGAUAAGUGACCAUUUCCCAGCUACAACAGCACCGCACAAAGACCAGAGGCACCGCAACAAUUCACCUGUUAAAGCAGCUAGAUAUGCUUUUUGUUUACCAACUUGUAAAAAUGAUUUUGCAAUUUUCAGGAUAUGUGUAUAUGUUGCUCUUAUAGUUGCCAAGCAACCUGGAGCGCAGAGAAAGUUACUGAUCAUUUAAAUGAUGUGGAGGACUUUAUAUUAUUAAGUGCACCUUUUGUGAGCGACACCUAUUUUCAAGAAAAUUGACAGAUGUAUUUUCCAAAAUGCCAAACGAUUCCUUUAAAGGUGGAGGGAGGGUUAGUGUGGCAAAUUUUAUUAUUGGCCUUUAAACAAUCGAUGUGCAGCAGCACCUUGUCGGGUAGUGGAUGAAAUUCUGCCUUUUUUAUCAUUUUUUUAAAAACAUGCUCUUAUUUUACUGCCUGGCUUCAAACAUACCAUUUCAUCCUGUUGCUUUCAAUCAUGCAGCGAUCACUGUCACCAUAUCAAGAGUUUAUGGAUUGCAGCCCUGAACUUUUUUUUUUUUUUUGUCCUUAAAUCAGAAGAGGGAACAUUUCCUGUAACACAUGAGCAGAAAUGCAUGUUUUGGUCCGACAGUAGAUCAAUAUGUGUAAAAAAAUAAAUCUGCAUCAUUUCAUGCAAAUUUUAGACCACUGUCACAAAACUGAUUGGUGGGGGAGACAUGCGAUCCUCUCCAUUUGACUGGCUACAAUCGCAGCAAGCUGUAGUAGUGGAGGUAACUUAUUUACCAUUUUGUAACCAAAAAAACAAAAAAGACUUUGUACUAAUUUUCAAAUAAAGAGGCUUUGAUACAACA